AUGGGCUUUUCGAGACCAUUCGUCUUGCGCUAUCCCGGCUUUUGCUUUCUCCCGCUGCGUUUCUUGCAAGUUAUGAGUACUUGUGCCAAUAGCAGCAGCAGCAUCGUUGCUAUCUCCUCGUCAGUUGUAAGCGUCACUUGCGAUUCUAAAAGCUCAGAAAGCGUUCAAGCCCCUAUGGUGACGAAAGUUCGACGGCAUCAAAGCCAUUUACAAGGAAACAAGACGCUAUCAGCAGCUGAUAACGAGUCAAUGGUCGGUGUAGACAAUGAGCGAGGUGGCCCUAAGACACUGCAGCAGCUGAAGCUUCGGGUGUUGGCAAGAAACGAGAACUUUGUGGUGCUAAACAAAGGGCCAGACGAGAGGAUGGACGGCGCUUUUGAUGUUACGCUGGAGAAGGCGCUAAUGAGAGACUUUCCAGAGGUGGAGAAGUUCCGAUGGAUUCAUCAACUUGACUUUGCGACGUCGGGUGUGCUGCUUGUCGGAGCAAAUAAAAAAGCUACUGCGACAGGCUGUCGACUUUUCCGAGAGAAGCAGGUGCAGAAGGAGUAUUUGGCAGUAGUGCGUGGUCAUGUGCCGUUUCAUCCAAUGGAUUGUGUGGAUCGCAUUGGGAUGAAUGUCAAAGCCUGCACAUUCUCAAAGCUAGGCUUGUUGAUUCAAGAUAUGGAGGAACUGGAGAGACUAAGGAGCCAGCAGCGCGGAACGAGGACGCACCAGAGAAUGAGAGAAUAUCCACGUGGAGUUCGCCAUGGACCUAAUUUGUUUACAAUGGAGCAAGCUCAGCUUCUACGUGAGAGUUGCAGAAAACGAGAUGCUGGAGUUGGUGCUUGUGAAUUGACUCCAGUAGAACUAGCAUUCACAAAAAUGACAUGGCAUGAGUUAACAAAGGAGAUGAAAGAUGCAUACACGGUGAAGGCAAAGGCAGAUAAGCAGCGCUUCUUGCGUGAAUUUUGCGAAUUCCUCAUCAAGGAAAAGAGUCGGCUUGCUCACAAGCGACAAUACGAGAGUCCUGAUCGUGCCAAGAGCGACGAAACCAACGAGCCCGUCGCGUACAUUUUUGACGCGCCAAUUCUUGAGCCACACCGAAGUACAGGAGUUUUUCGCAUGCAGGUGGGUACUGAGACGAACGCAUCAGCUAAACAGUCCACCACAAUUGCCUUUGUCUUGGGCCACGCAAUGUAUGAGGGUCAGCCGGUUACGAAAGUGUUGUUGCGCCCGCUCAAUGGACGUCGGCACCAACUGCGACUGCAUUUGGCGAACCAUGGCUUUCCAAUUGCAGGUGACGUCACUUAUGGCUCGCAGGAGGACGAAGCACCACGAAUGAUGCUGCACGCUUGGAGGAUUUGGCUUCGUGGACGUCCAGUGGAUAAGGAGAAGUACGGCGACCUAUAUUUUGAAAGUCCGGAUCCGUUUGAGCCCAUCGUGCCAAGUGAACGUGAGGUCUGCACAAUCAUGUACCACAAGCAUAAGGAAGCAGAUGCCCAAGACGCGAUCACCGAAGCAAACAAUGAUUCGCUGGAUCCGAGAGCCUAA